UUCACCUCUUUAUCUCUUUUCCUUCCUUCACCCCUCCUGGCUUCUCUCUCCCUCUCGCCCUCCCUCCAUCUCUCCAUCUCCUCCCCCCUUGCCAGCCCCCCCACAUGGAUAUUCAUUUGUGGUAUAUUCCGUUGCCAUUGGAAACCUAAGAAAGAAGUGAGUGUACCCUUCAAGACUCCGGCAUCUCCCUCCCCCCUCCCUUCUCCUCUCCCUCUCCCCCACCUCCCCCACCCCUUCCCUCACAGAAGGAGAAGACUUGGGUGAGGGAGCCCUCGCCUCUCUGUUGGAACAAGGCCGGGACAUUGGCCGGGGACGCUGCUGCCGCCUAGACGUGGAGGCCCAGAGCAGAGAUGAGAACCUCCAUCCUUGCUUCCUUCUUUCUACCCCUCCAUCCUUCCCUCCCUUCCCGGCUGUCCUGCUCAUUCUGAAACCUGGGAUCCCUGUUCCUGGGGGGUCGAGGAGAGAAGACAGAGCCUUUGGUCUGGCCAAGGACUCGGAGCAUCUUGGGAGGAGGCAGUGGCCACCAGUGACAGCUUGGGGGCAUUAGCAUUCUGAAGAUCUCCCUGACCAGAUGUGAGCAGGCUCUGGGUGGCAGAUGGAUCUCCGGCUCUGGCCGUCUCUCACCAUGCCUCUGUCUAGCUGCCUGUCUGCAUCCUCCCUUCCUGCCUGUGCUCUGAAGCUCUAGGGGGCCCAGACCUGAAGGAGGAGGAGGAAGAGGAAGGAGAACAACAAAAAUUACUCUGGACUGCCCAGGACUCGGCUCUCCCUGGGCGGGGAUUAAGGGAAGAGGGCAGACUGGGGGUGCUGACUGAGGGACUGGGGAAAAGGCCAUUCCUCAGAGCCGCCUCCUUGGGUGUCCCCAGCCAGGCCCCCCUUUCUGCCGGGAUCCCCCAAACUGGACAGCAGUCAAAGUGGACCAGAGCCCGGGAGCCCCCUCUGGCACCCCAGUACUGGGGAGGGGCAUCCCUCAAAAUGCUGGCGGCCCCAGAGAGAACUGGGAUGAUGGGCGAGGCGCGCGGCCGCUAGGCCUUCCUGGCUCCCCGCUGUCCCCGGCCUCUCCUUGCCCGCGGCCCGCCUCGAUCCAGCCCUCCCGCCCAGUGGGCCUCCCCCUGCCAUGCUGCGCCUGGGCCUGUGGGCGGCGGCCCUGCUCUGCGCCUGCCGGCCAGACCUAGCGCGGGCCGACUGCUGGCUCAUCGAGGGUGACAAGGGCUACGUGUGGCUGGCCAUCUGCAGCCAGAACCAGCCUCCCUACGAGACCAUCCCUCAGCACAUCAACAGCACGGUGCACGACCUCCGCCUCAACGAGAACAAGCUCAAGGUGGUCCUCUACUCCUCCCUCAACCGCUUCGGCAACCUGACGGACCUCAACCUGACCAAGAACGAGAUCUCGUACAUCGAGGACGGGGCCUUCCUGGGCCAGGCCAACCUCCAGGUGCUGCAGCUGGGCUACAACAAGCUGAGCAACCUGACGGAGGGCAUGCUCCGGGGCAUGAGCCGCCUGCAGUUCCUCUUCGUGCAGCACAAUCUCAUCGAGGUGGUGACGCCCACGGCCUUCUCCGAGUGCCCGGCGCUCAUCAGCAUCGACCUGUCGUCCAAUCGCCUCAGCCGCCUGGAGAGCACCACCUUCGUGGGGCUGAGCAGCCUCAUGGUGUGCGAGCUGGCCGGCAACCCCUUCAACUGCGACUGCGGCCUCUACGGCUUCCUCAACUGGCUCGUGGUCUUCAACAACGUGACCAAGAACUACGACCGGCUGCAGUGCGAGUCUCCGCGGGAGUUCGCCGGCUACCCGCUGCUCGUCCCGCGGCCCCACCACAGCCGCAACGCCAUCACCGUCUUCCAGUCCAUGUGCCGCGACGGCACGCUGCCGUCCCGGCCCGUCAGCCACCCCACCCCCUACACCACGGACUCCCAGAAGGACCCGGAUGAGAACUCGGGCUUCAACCCCGUGGACUUCCUCUCGGUGGAGCCCCCCGCCUCCUCCACCACGGACUCCUCCAUCAGCCCCACCAUCAAACUCCACUACGUCACCUUCACGUCGGCCACCCUGGUGGUGACCAUCCCCUCCCCCUUCAGCAAGCUCUACGUCCUGGUCCAAUAUAACAACAGCUACGUCUCCGACGUCAUGACGUUAAAGAACAAAAAGGAGAUCGUCACGCUCAAUAAGCUCAAGGUCCACACCGACUACACUUUCUGCGUGGCCUCCAUCCGCAACUCCCGCCGUUUCAACCACACCUGCCUGACUUUCGCCACCCGGGAGCCCAUCCAGGGGGACGUGCCCCCCAGCACGUCCACCACCACGCACUACAUCAUGACCAUCCUGGGCUGCCUUUUCGGCAUGGUGAUCGUCCUGGGGGCCGUCUACUACUGCCUGCGCAAGCGGCGCAUGCAGGAGGAGAAGCAGAAGUCCAUCAGCGUGAAGAAGACCAUCCUGGAGAUGCGCUACGGCUCCGACGUGGACACCAGCUCCAUCGUGCACUCGGCCCAGAAGCUGGGGGAGCCGCCGGUCCUCCCCGUCUCCCGCAUGUCCUCUAUCCCCUCCAUGAUCGGCGAGAAGCUGCCCCAGCCCAAGAGCCUCGACGCCGGGAUAGACACACCCAAGGUGACCACCAAGGGCAACUAUAUGGAGGUGCGGACUGGGGGCGGGGGCGGGGGCGGCGGGGACGGCCUGACGCGGGGCGAGGAUGACCUGCCGGACUUGGAUAACGGCCAGGGGUCGGCGGCCGAGAUCUCCACCAUCGCCAAGGAGGUCGAUAAAGUCAACCAGAUUAUCAAUAACUGCAUCGACGCCCUCAAGCUGGACACGGCCUCCUUCCUGGGUGGGAGCGCGGCGGACCCCGAGCUGGCUUUUGAGUGCCAGUCCAUCCCGACCAGUUCCACGGGGGGGCUGGAGCGGCCCAGCUUCCUUUCGCCCCCCUACAAAGAAAGCUCCCACCACCCCCUGCAGCGGCAGCUGAGCGCAGACGCCGCCGUGGCCCGGAAGACGUGCAGCGUCUCCUCCAGCGGUUCCAUCAAGAGCGCCAAGGUCUUCAGUCUGGACGUUCCCGAUCACCCGGCGCCCCCGGGGCUGGGCAAGGGGGACUCGAAGUACAUCGAGAAGGGGAGUCCGCUCAACAGCCCCCUGGACCGUCUGCCCCUGGUAUCGCCCGGGGCCAUCCAUCACCUGGAGGUGAAGCCUUCCUACCACUGCAGUGAGCACCGCCACUCCUUCCCCGCCUUGUACUAUGAGGAGAGCGCAGAUACCUUGAGCCAGAGGGUGUCCUUCCUCAAGCCCCUGUCCCGGUCCAAGCGGGACUCCACGUACUCUCAGCUCUCCCCCAGACACUACUUCUCGGGCUACUCCUCCAGCCCCGAGUAUUCGUCCGAGAGCACCCACAAGAUCUGGGAGCGCUUCCGGCCCUACAAGAAGCAUCACCGGGAGGAAGUGUACAUGGCGGCUGGCCACGCCCUGCGCAAGAAGGUCCAGUUCGCUAAGGAUGAGGACCUGCACGACAUCCUGGAUUACUGGAAGGGGGUCUCGGCUCAGCAGAAGCUGUGACCCUCUCCUUCCUCCCCGCCCCCGGCCUGUUUUGAGAACCCACGAAAACCGAGUCGGGGAGAAGCCACUGAUGUCAGAAACAGAAUUCCUGUUCUAUUUGUGCAUGACGCUCUUUACUGUAUUUUUCUGAGCAAACAUCUGUUGUGAAUGUGCCCGUUUGUCGAGAUUCCCCCCUGCUUCCUCUCCUCUCCUCUCCUUUCCCCGCCCGCCCCCUGCCUCCCUCCUCAGAUGCCCUCCAUUGUGAAUUGAUGAGCAACUUUUAAAACCCGGGAAGGAACUGUCUCCGCAGAGGACCCAAACCUGGUGCUGCGGCCAGGCCAGCCCUCCCUUUUCCCACCUCCGCCCUGGCAUCGGUGGGCUCCCCAAGGGCCUCUGCUCUCCCCUCCCCUCCCCUCCCCCGGCAGCUCCCUGCUUGUGCCGGAGCUGUCCAGGCAGAGGUGCUGAGAGGGACCGUGCCCUGUGUGCUCCCAGACAUGCACCGUUCCCGGGGUGGUUGCCGCUUGUUUUAGGGCAGGAGGAGGAACAUGAAGUGGUUUCCAUCCAGUUCAAGUCAAUUCAACAAACAUUUAUUAAGCGCCUACUAUGUGCCAGGCACUGUGCUAGGAUCCUAGGGGUUUAGAACCAAAAGGGAUCUUAGGAAACAUCUGGGCUAAUCUUACUUUAUAGGGAAAGGAAACAGGCUCAGAGAGGACCAGGGGGUAAGGCAGUGAUAGUGCUGGGAACUGGGUUGUGAACCCAAGUCUUGUGGACCCUCUAAAUCUAGCUGUUGUCAAGGGUUACUGUGGAAACGGCUGAUGAAUGGAAGCACGGUGGCUUUCCUUGGGGGGUGGGGUAGGGGAAGAGAGCAUUCCCAUCCUGAUUGGUACUCUCCAUCUUUAUUCUGAUGAAUAGGGUUUGGUUUUUGUUUGUUUUGGGCAAGUAGAAUAUCCCUGAGAAGAGGAGUCGUUCCUGUUAAAUGUGGUCUCUGGGAAGCUGACCAUUUAUUUCUACAGUUAGUAGUUGGGUAUGGCUGGAGUAGGAAGACUUGAGUUUAAAUUCUGCCUCAGGUACUUGAUUACCUGAGGGACCAGGGGCAGGUUGCUACUCUCUGGCCUCAGUUUUCCCAGACAGAAUCUAACAAUGGGAAGAGGGCUGAAUUUGGAGUCAGGGGUUCUGAGUUUAAAUCCUGACUCUGCCAUUUAUUGCUGAUGUGACCUUAGGGAAAUGACUUAAAACUUCAGGCCUUAGUUUUCUUUUCUUGAAAAUGGGAGGACUAGGCUAGCUGGCCUUGAGAAGUCCCUUCAAGCUAUGAGCUAUAAAAUGAAGAGGUCAGACUUGCUGACUUCUCAGGUCCAUUCCAGCUUCUCUCCACAAUAUGGACGGGAAGAACCAAUGCUGCUUUCUCCUGUCAUCUCCCAGGAAGAGCUCUGGGACCCUGCCCCUCUAGCACUAACCCUUCCUAUGGUUCCUGUGGGGUGGGUGGGGUCCAGAUUGUGAGAGCUGCACUGCAGUCCCUUCCUGCCGCCAUCACUGAAUGUCCUGGCCGGCCCUGGAUAAUUCCUCCUGAGGCAGAGAGUGAAAUAUUCAUGAAUGACAAAUGGAAAUUUAUGUCAAGGAAUCUUGGCUGGGGCCCCUCCAGUCCCAGUGUUUGCAAUGCUAAUCAGCUCGGGAGCCUUCUUCCCAGCUGGAACUACAGCCUCGGCCAGUGCCGGAGGAGGCAGAAGCUCACCAGCCUGGGAGAGAAUCCUGGAAGUGGAUUUGGAUCGGGAUUCACAGCUGGAAAUCCAAAAGUCCAAACCUCCCAUUUUAGAGGUGGGGAAACCCAAGGCCCGUGGAGAUUAAGUGACUAAGGUCACACAGCUAGUAAGAAGCAGGGCUGAAAAUUAUACCCAGGUCCUCAGACUCCAAAAUUCAGCUAGCUGCUACCUGUCCACUUCCAGCCUUUUAUCUGUGGUUUUAGAGAAGGAUUUCCAGCUUCUGCUUCUGAGAGGGAGGG